GUCUGCCCAUAGUGACUGGGAGAGCAAGAGGGAGAUUGUGUGAGGCCACAUCUUGGAUUUUCGCUCCUUCUUGGUAUAAUGUCUUGGACGAUUAUUAGCAACACCAUCGUUCUAUUCCGACCCCUCACAUAAUGAACGGGGCCAACACCCGAAGAGGGGGAGAUGGCUUCACCCAAGGGUCGAGGCUACCUCCCCCGGCCGUCCAGCCGCCCCCUUCAACUGGGCCCAGCGCGAAGGCGCUCGUCGAGGGCUACAGAAAAGAUAUCCUCAUCGGAUUCGACCAAGAAAAGCCGCGCUACAAUCCGUUGAACCCUGAACGGCCACAAAGCUCCGCUCUCGUCGAUCUCAAGGAUCCGAUACAGGUCCACCUACUGACCGAGACAGCCCUUUUAGACAGCAAGAAGUUCGAGAUCUUGUCGCAGGAGGAAGUGGACGGUCUCAAGAAGCAGAUCCAAUCGCUUACGAUGCGCGUCGAGCAGGCCCGGACAAACUUGGCCAUACAGUCUAAAUAUCGCGACGCCGCCAUCUCCAUGGCCCGCCUCUACUCGCCGGCCAAGUCCGAGGGUAAAAGGCGAAGUCUUCUCGGCAAUCGCAUGAGCGACUCUGUCAAGGAAGCCGAGAUGGAAAAGCAAGCAAGUGAGCGCCGCUGCGAGGAACUUGCCACCGAGCUGUUCACGCUAGAAAAGCGCUUGGUCGAACCCCAGAGGCGUCUGCUUCAGCACACGGCGGGAAUCCUACAGAUGACGCACCGAGCCGCCGCGAGGAAAUUUGGCCAGCCGGCCGCUGGACAGCCGAUGAUGAAUGGAAUCCCCGGCAGCCCGGAGAGCCUGUACACAUACUCCAACGCUCGCAACAGCCUGGAAGCUACUAGCGAAGAUGCCGACUUUGACGAUAGGAGUCUCUACCUUCCACUAGACCAGAUGGAUGGGCAACCUGGUCGCCCGCGCAAAAAUACGAUCGAAAUACCCACUAAGUCGCCUGUACGAGAACAGCAGAAUCAGCUCAGGGAGGAGAUGGACCGCGCAAAAGACGAGAUCUCGCGACUUCAGGCUGUGGAGCGGCAACUGAAGGAGGAGAAUUGGAAGCUCAAAAAGGCUGAGGAGGAAUCUACUACUGAGAAAAUUCAGUCUGGGGCUCUGGAAAAGAAGCUCAAGGACGAAAACACACGCCUCAAAGAAGCCCAGCAGCAACUUAAAUCAGAAGCCGACGAACUGCGAGCACAAACUGGGGAUCAGAGGAGUUCGAUAUCUAACGCCGAGCAGAAAUUGGAGGCCAUGAACAACAAGUUAAGGGAAGUGGUCGUCACGUUUAGUCCAGCGAAGAACAAUGACUUUGGUUACCCUGAAGUGGCAGUGGGCUCGGGCUCGACGCUCAAAAGCCAGCUAGAGUAUUUAGAAAGAGGAAUCGCCACUGCCAUGGAGGAGCAGAGGUUACAUGCGACAAAGACAUCGAGGGAGUCUGAGGAGGUCAGCGCCGCCGCAGCCGCAGCAACAGCAUCCCUCGCAAAGGCCGAGUCACGGAUCAAAGCCCUUUCCCGACAGACCCAGGACGUGCUUCAGAAGGCCAAGAUUACCCAACCGCCAGCUGAGUCAGAGGCAACCCUAGUUGGACAGCUCAACUACAUUGAAAAUGCUCUUAGCGUAUUCCAGACAGAACUUGCAUCUUCCGGCAAGAAGAACAUCGCACAGGUGGACGCAGUCCUUAUGGGCCUGUGGGAUAUUAUCCAGACCGGCUACUCCGAAAUUCAGCAGCAAAGGAUAGAGCGCAAGAAGCUGCGGUCAGAAAAGGGUGUGGUGGAUGACGACGACGACGAUGUGUCGGGCGACGAGAUUGGAGACAUGAACGAGAAGUAUUCCCUGCAGGCAUUCUCGACCAAAGUCCAAUGGCUUUAUGCGCAAGCGACAAGUCUGAGAGAACAGAAAUCUGUGCUCAAGAGGCAGAUCAAACAACAGCGAGAGCUGAAUAAUAAGAGCGGAUCCGAAAAAGAUGAGGACAUGAGGGCUAUGGAAGACGAGCUAGAAACGACCCGAGCAAUGCUCGACGAGAGCGAGAGAACUGCGCAAGACGCAAUGGAUAGGCUUGGACUGACACUCCGCAACAUGGAGACGCUCCAAAAGACAAAUGCGGCAAACGAAUCAGCAUCAUUCUCGUCGUCCAAGACCAUCCAGGACCAGCUCAAGGAUCGCAACACUAAAAUUGCGGCCCUCGAGUCGAGCAACCAGAAUGUGCAGGCCAAGCUCGCCGACGCCGAGACGAAUCUGGCCAGCGUCAAGGCGCAGCUCAGCCAGGCUAGCGAAUCGCAGACGGCAACCCAAGCAGAGGCAGGCAAGCUCGCUAAGGCGGUCAAGGACAAGGACGAAGAGCUCGACCGGCUAAACAUGAUGGUCAUUGAACUUAAGACGGAGGUGGCCUUUGCUAAAGCCGAGCUUGAUGGCGCCUAUGGGUCCCGCAAACAGCGCGCAGCCGAGGUGGCGGCACUCUCCAAGACGUCCGAGACAUCAGAGCUCAACACGCAGGUGCAGAACCUCCGCUCCGAGCUCGAGAACACGCUCAAAGACCUCGAAGACAUCACCAAGGAGUCCAUUGCCGCCGAGAAGGAGAAACUCGACCUCGAGUCCAAGCUGGACGACGCCCUCAGCUCAAAGGCGUCGCUCGAGUCGGAGAUCAAGACGCUGCGCGACAAGCUCGACGCCGAAGUCUCCAGGCUCCAGGAGCAGCUUGAUGCUGAGCGUCUUAAGGCUCCCACUAGUUCCGCGGGUGGUAGUGCCGGCGGUGCCGGCUCUUCCAGAGCCGGAGCCUCCAUGCUCAGUGAGCAGUUCAGGGCGACGAUGAAAGAGGAAAGGAAGAAAUUCCAGGAAGAGCUCAGGGAGGAGCAAGCCAGACGCCGCAAGAUCGAAGACGAACUCCGCGCCCUGCGCAAGAGCCAGGGCCUCAGCAGUCGCAGUACCACGAACCUGGGGAGCUCGCUCAGCCCGAGGUGACACCAGCACACACGCAAGACAUAACCAAUGCGCCAUGCCGGAUGAUUUGAUGAAACUGACGAAAGGGCCCUUGUACUAUUGAGAGCACGUGGCGUGCCCGAGAAAAGACCCGAACGUAGUAACUAAUGCUUCCGCUUUUGGCUUUUUGUUUUCAUUCCCUCU